ACAAAUACAGGCACACAAAGCCGAGCCGGAGUUGGCAACACACACACAGAUACACACAGAUACACACACACACACAGGGAGAGGCGAGGCAGAGUUGGCAACACCCUGAAAAGCAGACAGAGACACUUGGGAGAGGUCCGUAAGAGAGAGGAGUGUGCGAUAGAGGGACACUUGGGAUAGAUAGAGGCACACAAAGCCGGAGCCGGCAACACACUCACACUCACAGACACAGAGGCAAAGCAGAGACACAGACAGACACUUGCAACACACAGACACAGCCAGGCAACUCCAUCCCCAGUGAGAGAGCGAGAGAGAGCGAGGCCAUGGCUCCCGCGGCGCCCUAGGAGCUCCCUCUCUCUCUCUCUGGGGCUCUCUCUCUCUCUCCCCGGGGUCCAUGGCGGAGGCGGAGGAAGACCCCCCGGAGCCCUUUCCGCCCGGGAAGCGGAGGGAGCGGCGGAGCGGGGUCCAGGUCCUCCUGCCCCCCCUCCGACCCCGAAGCCUCCCUUUUGGAAGCCGCCCGGGCCACUCCGCGCAGGAGCAGCAUCAUCAAGGACCCUGCAAACCAAAAAUGUGGACGGAAGAAAACGGUGUCCUUCAGCAGCACACCAUCAGAAAAGAAAAUAAGUAGCGCAAGUGACUGCAUCAGCUUCAUGCAAGCUGGCUGUGAACUAAAAAAAGUCCGGCCGAAUUCCCGUAUUUAUAAUCGAUUUUUUACUCUUGACCCUGAACUGCAAGCACUUCGUUGGGAGCCAUCGAAAAAGGAUCCUGACAAGGCUAAACUUGAUAUUUCUGCUGUAAAAGAAAUCCGAUUGGGUAAAAACACUGAAACAUUCAGAAACAAUGGUCUUGCAGAUCAGAUUUCUGAAGACUGUGCCUUCUCCAUAAUUCACGGGGAGAAUUAUGACUCUCUGGACUUAGUUGCCAAUUCAGCAGAUGUGGCCAACAUUUGGGUGUCAGGUUUAAGGUAUCUGGUUUCCCGUAGCAAGCAGUGUCUGGAUUUGAUAGAAGGUAGUCAGAAUACUCCACGUUUUGUGUGGCUUAGAUCUGUGUUUGAAGCUGCAGAUGUUGAUGGCAAUGGGAUCAUGUUGGAAGAUACAGCUGUAGAAUUAAUAAAACAGCUGAACCCUGCCUUAAAGGAGUCUAAAAUCAGGUUAAAAUUUAAGGAAAUCCAGAAGAGCAAAGAGAAACUAACAACUCGUGUAACAAAAGAGGAGUUUUGUGAAGCAUACACUGAACUUUGCACUAGACCUGAAGUUUAUUUUUUGCUGGUGCAGAUAUCCAAAAACAAAGAAUAUUUAGAUGCCAAUGACCUCAUGCUUUUUUUAGAAGCUGAGCAAGGGUUCACUAAUAUAACUGAAGAAAUGUGUCUUGAUAUUAUUCAUAGAUAUGAAUUUUCAGAGGAAGGGCAGUUGAAGGGUUUUCUUGCAAUUGAUGGAUUUACUCAAUAUUUGUUGUCCCCAGAAUGUGAAAUUUUUGACCCCACACAUAAAAAGGUUGUCCAAGAUAUGACCCAGCCUUUAUCACAUUAUUAUAUCAAUUCAUCUCACAAUACCUACCUGAUAGAAGACCAGGUCCGAGGGCCAGCAGAUCUCAAUGGUUAUGUCAGAGCACUGAAGAUGAGCUGUAGAAGUAUUGAACUUGAUGUUUGUGAUGGACCUAAUAAUGAGCCCAUAAUCUGUAACCGUAACAGCAUGACAUCACCUCUGUCAUUUCAAAGUGUCAUUGAUGUGAUCAAUAAAUUAGCCUUUCUUUCUUCAGAGUAUCCUCUUAUUCUCUGUUUGGAAAAUCACUGCUCCAUACAACAGCAGAAAGUCAUGGUUAAACAAAUGAAGAAGACUUUUGGUACCAAGUUGUACAUUGACACACCACUCCCAUCGGAAACUUACCUCCCAUCUCCAGAAAAACUAAAAAAGAGGAUUAUUGUCAAAGGGAAGAAACUGCCUUCUGAUGAGGAUUUAUUAGAGGGAGAGGUCACUGAUGAAGAUGAAGAAGCUGAAGUAUCUCGAAAAAUGUCUGAAGAUGCUGCAGUGUUACCCAAGAGGUCCUGGUUAUGCAAGGAACUCUCUGACCUUGUUUCUAUAUGUAAAUCUAUCCAGUUCACAGAUUUUGAGAGCUCCAUGAAAAACCAAAAUUACUGGGAAAUCUGCUCUUUCAGUGAAGCUGAAGCAAGUAGAAUUGCAAAUGAGUGCCCAGAGGACUUUGUAAAUUAUAAUAAGAAAUUUCUGUCUCGAAUAUACCCUAGUGCAAUGAGAAUAGAUUCUAGUAACUUAAAUCCACAAGAUUUUUGGAACUGUGGCUGUCAGAUAGUAGCAGUGAAUUAUCAAACUCCAGGACCCAUGAUGGAUUUACAUACAGGUUGGUUUUCACAGAAUGGGGGAUGUGGUUAUGUCCUUAGACCUUCUGUUAUGCGAGAAGAGGUUUCUUACUUCAGUGCAAACACAAAAGGCAUCGUCCCAGGGGUCUCUCCUCAACUCCUGCAUGUCAAAAUCAUCAGUGGCCAGAACUUUCCAAAGCCCAAAGGUGCCUGUGCCAAGGGGGAUGUCAUUGAUCCUUACGUUUGUCUAGAAAUACAUGGUAUUCCUGCAGACUGUACAGAACAGAGAACUAAAACUGUUCAGCAGAACAGUGACAACCCCAUUUUUGACGAGAGUUUUGAGUUUGAGAUAAAUCUGCCAGAGCUUGCCAUGAUCCGUUUUGUUGUAUUGGAUGAUGAUUAUAUUGGUGAUGAGUUCAUAGGUCAAUGUGCCAUCCCCCUAGAGUGUAUACAGCCAGGCUAUCGACACAUACCUCUGCGCUCUUUUGUGGGAGACAUUAUGGAGCAUGUUACACUUUUUGUGCACAUUGCCAUAACAAAUCGAAGUGGAGGAGGGAAGACCCAAAAGCGUGGUCUGACUGCAAGAAUAGGGAUGAAAACAAGAGACUAUACUAUGCUGAAGAACACUGGCCUUAAGAUUAUAGAUGACAUCUUCAAACUUGCAGUACAUCCAUUAAGAGAGGCAACUGACAUGAGGGAGAACAUGCAGAACACAAUUCUGUCUCUUAAAGAGCUUUGUGGACUCCCACCAAUCACCAGCUUGAAGCAGUGCAUUUUGUCCUUGUCCCCACGACUUCUCAACAGUGACAAUGUUUCUUCAGUGACCCUCUCUCUGAAAGACAGCUUUCCUUACCUGGAACCUUUGGGGUCACUAACUGACGUUCAGAAAAAGGUUCUAGCUGCAUACAACCAGAUGAUUCAAGAGAGCAAAUUCUUAAUAGAAACAGCAGACACUGUUCAUGCCAAGAUUGUCCAAUGCCAGAAAGCAGGAAUGAAACUCCAUGAAGAACUUCAUGACCUGGGAACAAAGGAGGGCCUGAAAGGAAGAAAGCUCAGCAAAGCCAUUGAGAGUUUUGCAUGGAACAUUACUGUGCUAAAGGGGCAAGGGGACCUCUUGAAGAAUGCCAAGAAUGAAGCCAUAGAGAACAUGAAGCAGGUUCAGCUGGCUUGCUUGUCAUGUGGACUGAGCAAAACUGGAGGUGGAAAUGUGGAUGCCAAGUCCAAACGAGGCCUUGAGGCAAUAGAGGAGAAGGAGACUGGUGACGAGAAUGGGAGGCUGUGAAAGAAGCCUGUAAUGUCUGGUGUGUCUUAUAUUUCAAUAGCAGGAAAUUAUUUUUUAAUGCAUUUUAAAAAAAGAAGAAAAAAGAAAGAAAGAUUACACUAGAAUGCCCUCUACAGGGUGUCUGAAGUAUUAAAUCCUCACAAUGCCAGUGUUUUAUUGCAGUUCAUUUACCGAAGUUUGAACUCCCUUGGUAGUGACAGUUUUAAAAAAUUCCAAACUCUGUGUCUGGAUCUGUCUGUGUGGGGAGAUCCCAGUAAAAGCUCCACCAUGAGUUACAUUACUAGCCCUAUUCCUUAUUUAUUUUGUUGGUAUUUCUGAUAAGAUUUUUUUAUAUAUAUAAAACUUAGGUGGGUAGAGUAUAUAACACAUUGAUUUUAUGCCUAAUUUCACUGUGCUAUCAUUUUAGUGGCAGAUUUUAAUACACUGUGCUACAGAUUUUACCAGCAAAACAAAACAAAAAGCCAAAAAGAGAGAGAGAGAGAGAGAGAGAGAGAGAACUCCAUCUUUUAUUGGCAUGGAUUAAUAAUGGAUUUCUUACUAUAGAGGGAAUGAUAAAUAAUUAAUCUACCCAUUAAAUUAUGCUGAUGAAAUAUUAAAUAGUCAGAAAUAUUUUUGACAGAUCUCCACUGGAUUUCUGAUGAACAUUCCACUGGCUUUUUGCUAAUCACAAUUUGAAAUGCAUUCAUGAAAUACGUAUUAAUGGAAGAAAUUGGCCUGUCUUUUAAUUCAACAAAGCUGUAUUCAAUUAAUUUGAGCUUUGCAAAAUGCUAUGGGGCAGGGCGAUUGGGGGAGCUACCAUCUGUGAAUGGCUAGCCCCACAGAUAUGGUCAGCCCACUGUAUGAAGUGUGAGGUUUCAAGUGUUCCUUAGACAUAAUAUUUUUAGCCUUUCUGGAAUGAUCUUUAUUCAUUCCAGGAUGUUAUUUUCCAUAGCCAUUGUCUGAAAGAGGAUUAUAGAAACUGUGAGCCUGAGAUUAAAACUCAAAGAUACUCAUUGUGAUUUCUUCACUGAUGUAAACAGUCCUGUACAAGCCCCAUGAGCAGUGGCCAUGUCUCAUAGUGCAUGUUAAAAACAUGGGCUAAUUCUUCCAGCAGCUAAGAGCGAAAGUAGAAAUAACACAAAAUGGCAGCCUCUGCUGCUCUUUAGAAGAAAUAUGUGGAUUACAGGACAUUGGCCACCAGUCUACAAUAUUUGAGCCAUCUUGCUAAUCUUAGUUAUGUAUAUUAUUCUCUUGACCUUUUUUAUCUGACUCCAGAUAACAAAUUGUGAGCUCAGAUCUUUAAAAUGCAACAUGAGCAGCAGUUGUAAGACGAAUACAAAAAAAAAAAGAAAAGUCUUACUUUGUGUGCUGAGUGCAACU